GUCAAAGAAACUGAAACUAACACAAAGCAGGAGCAGGAGCAGCAACAAACAGAGAGAAGAAAACAGAGGAAGAUAAGAGGAAAAUUUAUCGAAUUCGAAUCGAGAGAAAAGGGGAAGUGAAGUUGCGAAGAGUGAGAAUUUCAAAGGAAAUGAACAAAGGAGCAAACGGAAAUCAGCAAUUGGAGUUACCGGCGGGAUUCAGAUUCCAUCCGACAGACGACGAAUUGGUGCAGCACUAUCUCUGCAGGAAAUGCGCCGGACAGUCGAUUGCUGUAUCAAUUAUAGCUGAAAUUGAUCUUUACAAGUUUGAUCCAUGGCAGUUGCCUGAGAAGGCUUUGUACGGUGAAAAAGAGUGGUAUUUUUUCUCACCAAGGGAUAGAAAAUAUCCGAACGGUUCACGGCCGAACCGAGCAGCAGGAACCGGUUAUUGGAAGGCAACCGGAGCUGAUAAACCGGUGGGAAAACCCAAAACCUUAGGGAUAAAGAAGGCACUUGUGUUCUAUGCCGGAAAAGCACCCAGAGGUAUAAAAACAAAUUGGAUUAUGCACGAGUACCGCCUCGCCAACGUGGACCGCUCUGCUGGCAAGAACAAUAACUUGAGGCUUGAUGAUUGGGUAUUGUGUCGAAUAUACAACAAGAAAGGCACACUUGAGAAGCAUUACAAUGUGGACAACAAGGAAACUACAAGCUUUGGAGAAUUUGAUGAAGAAAUAAAACCAAAAAUAUUGCCCACACAAUUAGCACCGAUGCCACCACGGCCUCGAUCGACACCAGCAAACGACUACUUUUAUUUCGAGUCAUCAGAGUCGAUGACUAGAAUGCACACGACAAACUCGAGCUCUGGCUCAGAGCAUGUCUUGUCGCCAUGUGACAAGGAGGUUCAGAGCGCGCCCAAAUGGGACGAAGACCACAGAAACACCCUUGAUUUUCAGCUAAACUAUUUGGAUGGUUUACUAAAUGAACCAUUUGAAACCCAAAUGCAGCAGCAAAUUUGCAACUUUGACCAGUUCAACAAUUUCCAAGACAUGUUCCUAUACAUGCAAAAACCUUACUAAAAUUGUAUAAAUUCAUUGGAUCUAAAUUGAGUGUGAUCCAUGACAUUUUCUUUGUUCUUUGGUGGUGUAGGUCAACUUUUUAUUAAGUAGUUUAGAGAAGUACAAAAUGCUAGUCAAAUUUGGUGGGCUACAGCACAAAUGAGCCUUGAUAAGCAUAGCCAAAGAGUCGUAUAGAAGGGCUUAUUAUUAUUGUAAGGUAUGUAAAAACAAAUGAAAAUUUGUUAAUAUCAAGUUAUCAUUCUUCAAA